UUUCUUUGGAGAAAACAAAAAGUUCACAAAACGAGUGAAAAGAUGGGAGAAAGCAAACACCACCUCAUCUUCCAGGUCUACUCUACUCUACUCAACAGAUUUUCUUUCUCCUUCUCAUUGACCAAGAUAAUUCUCCAUUUCCACUCACUUCUCAACCUGAACUAUGGAGGCGAAGCCACCACUUCGUCUACUCACGCACCAACACCAGCAAUUCUUCGCCGCCAUUGAAUUAGCCGAUAUUCAAUCACUGCAGCUGAUGAUCGACAAAUUAGCUCAAGAUGAUGAACGAGCUUCGAUUUCUGCUUUAAUGGCGGUGCAAAAUGAUGCUGGAGAAACUGCUUUGAUAAUUGCAGCACGGGAUAAUUUGGUGGAGAUUUUGAGUUAUUUGGUUGGGUUUUGUGAUGUUGGAAUUGCUAUGAUUAGGUCGAAGGCUGAUUUUAGUGCGUUUCAUAUUGCUGCUAAGCGUGGUCAUUUAGAGGUUGUGCGACAACUGCUGAAUAUUUGGCCUGAGCUUUCUAUGUCAUGUGACUCCUCAAAUACUUCUCCACUCUACUCAGCUGCUGUCCAGGACCACCUGGAAGUGGUGAACGCCAUAUUGGACACAGAUGACAGUGCAGCAAGAAUUGUGAGAAAAAAUGGGAAAACUGCUUUGCAUACUGUUUCUAGAUAUGGUCGUCUAGAUAUAGUCAGAUUACUUGUAGAAAGAGACCCUGGGAUUGUCUCCAUCAAAGAUAAAAAAGGUCAAACAGCGCUCCAUAUGUCUGCUAAAGGCCAGGAUCCUUCAAUAAUUGAGGAGUUGCUGCUUGCUGAUUGUUCAGUACUGAAUGAACGUGACAAAAAGGGAAAUACAGCUGUGCAUAUAGCAACAAGGAAAUGCCGCUCCCAGAUAGUUUGCUUUCUGCUGAGUUACACAUCUAUUGAAGUGAAUGCCGUUAACAAUCAGCAAGAAACAGCAAUGGACUUGGCAUCAAAGCUUCAAUACGGAGAAUCCGCACUGGAGAUCGGGCAAGCUUUAGUAGACGCUGGUGGAAUUUAUGCGAGAAAUAUUGGUAAGAUGGAUGCAGCUAUGGAACUGAAGAGGACUGUAAGUGACAUAAAGCAUGAGGUGCAAUCACAACUUGUACAAAAUGAGAAGACCAACAAAAGAGUUUCUGGCAUUGCUAAAGAACUGAAAAAGCUUCAUGGAGAAGCUGUACAAAACACGACUAAUUCAGUGACAGUUGUCGCUGUUUUAUUCGCAUCUAUUGCUUUCCUGGCAAUAUUUAAUUUAAAUGGGCAGUAUGUAAUGAGUGGACCAGAAGCAGGAAAAGCCAACAUUGCUGACACAGUUGCCUUCCGAAUAUUCUGCCUCCUGAAUGCUGCGUCUCUCUUCAUAUCUCUAGCUGUUGUGGUUAUCCAAAUAACUUUAGUAGCAUGGGAUACUCAAGCUCAAAAGCUAGUUGUCACUGUAACUAAUAAGCUAAUGUGGGCUGCCUGCCUUAGCACUUGUGGUGCUUUCUUGGCAAUAGCUUUUGUGGUUGUAGGUGAUGAAGGUUCAUGGAUGGCUAUCACAAUCACGAUACUUGGGACCAUUAUGUUAAUGGGGACUCUCACUAGUAUGUGUUACUUUGUGUUUCGACAUCAUUUCAAGAGUUUGGGAAAUGACUCACAAAGACGCAUCAAAAGGGGAAGUGGGACCAAAUCUUUUUCUUGGUCUUAUUCCAUCAAUGUAUCUGAUAUUGAUGACUAUAACUCAGACCAUGACAGGAUUUAUGCUCUAUGAUCUACACUUGUUACCUAAUCGUUUUCUUCUCUAUUGUUAUUUCUAUAACUUACCUGUCUUCACCAAUCUAAAUCUAUAUAUGUAUCUAUGUCAAUAUUGUAUAUAGAAGUAUAUAUCUAUCGGAUUAUUCUUGCGUGAACCUGGUUCACAAUAAUAUUAGUGUGGACCCAAAAUCAAUAGUUUUCUAUAGCACCUUUUUUACACUCA